AUGGCCACUGGCGCCAGCGGAGAUGGCAAGCCUAGUCUUCUGAGUACUUUACCGAAGCAACUACCAGCGGAUUUUCUGAAAGAAAUUACGGAUGGGUUCUCUGCUGGCCGAAAACUGGGUCAAGGUGCAUUUGGAAUUGUUUACAAGGGAUUCCUGCAAGAUGGGCAAGCCAUUGCUGUGAAGAAGCUCUCAGAUAAUUCCCCAGUGGCAACUGAAAAACAGUUCAAGAAUGAGGUUGGGAACCUUAUGGCCAUCCAGCAUGAGAAUAUAGUGAGGUUGUAUGGCUACUGCCAUGAAGCGCAGAAGAAAGUGAUAGAGCACAAUGGAAGAUACAUUCUUGUGGAUGUGGUUGAGAGCAUGCUCUGCUACGAAUACGCGCCCAAUGGAAACCUCGACAAGUGGAUUUUUGAGGGUAUAUGGCUCCAGAAUAUCUGUACAGAGGAGAAAUCUCAACCCGCACCCGAAAGAUUGGGUGAGUUUGGGGUCUCAGUGCAGAUGGAAAAUAGAAAAAUCGCAAACCGUAACAAUGAACUGGAGUGCUGGAAUUUCCAGACGGAAGCAACAGGCGGUAGCACCAGACAGAGUGACAGUAACCCGUUGAGCUCUAGGAAAUCAGCAGAAGGCAUUACAUGCUAUGGCAACUGA